UUGUUGCUAUCAGCUGUUCCUCCAUGAGAGGGAACGUGGGCUUGUUUUCGGAUACCAUCACCCUGCAACGUGCCUCACACGUCCCACAAAUUCCCCAUUUUUGAGCAGUCCUCGCAAGGACAUCCCAGUACACCCUACCGGGCGUGAAAUAGGAGGCAUGCGUUGUCUCCUGGAAGUUCGUUUCAGGGAAUAAGGGGCCGAACGGAGGAGGAAUUCAAGUUGGUUCUCGUCGAUCCUGCCUUUCCGGACGCCAACAACGAGAACCCCCCCACCACGUAACUCUGAGGGAGGAUUGAAAUUCGAGCACCGAGAGUUGCUCUCUUCCCUCUCGUAUCACUGUAGAGGAUUGAGGGUCCUUUCUUGGUCGUCCUGGCACUAAGUGUCAUUUGUGACUGGUUGAGUUUUGUUCAUUACCUUAUGAAACAUUGAGAUGGAGAACUGGGUAAAACGGCUAACUUCCAGCCCCCUGACGAGGGAGGAAUUGGGAAUUUUGAUGCAGGAAACAGACAGACAAAACAAGAGAGGGGAAAUACCUUGGAUCACACUUGUGAAGAAGCUUGUUAAAAAGCUUGCAACAUGUGGUUCUCAGAUACUGCUGCAUAACACUUUUAAGGUGAUCAGAAGCCACAUUCAUCAAUCAAUAAAAGGUGAAAGGAAGUUACCCAAGAAAGAAGCUGCACAUUUACUGGAAGCAUACAGCAGUCUUAUAACAUACAUUAAUCAUUCUCUGGAGGAGUCGGAUCUUUCAGUACGGGAAAUUUCUCGCCUGACGUCUGUUAUCUUACCUGCUGUUAUUGACAUGACAGUAUUAUCAUUGAGAAAGGAGAAGUCUGAUGUUGCCCAGUCAAUAUACAAGAAGAUAACAUUACUAUUAGGGGAGUCUUCAGGACUGAUUGUUGAUGCUCUCCUUCACUGUAGAACUCUUAUCUUCACAAAAUUGAGAGACCCAGCAAUAUUCAUUCCCAUUAUAAGGCUUUUCUUUACUUCUGUGAAAAGGAACAAAUCUGAACUUCAUUCAAUAUCUCCGGAAUUAUACCUGAAAUACCUUGUUCUUGGCAAGUUCUGGCUCUUUAUGUCACCCAGAGAGGAGGUUGCCAGUGUGCGAACAUAUAUUUGUAGUUUGCUGAAAAUCCCCCCAUCAUUUGAAGAGUGGUCAUGUCAGGCAAAUAUUUCAUGGCUAAAGCUCAAAACCUUCAACACCAAAUCUGUUUUGAAGGCCCAUAGUGAUAUCAACUGCUUUACAGACAAUAUACAGUAAAAGGCACGGUCCAGAAGAAAAGAAAACUAAGCAGAAAGUUGGAAGUCAGUCUGAAAAUGAUGGACAAAUAUGUUCAUCCAUAGUAGAUGAUGAAGCUUCAAAUAAGACCGAAGACUGUUAU